AUGUCGGACAAUGUUGCCCAUGCUAUUAGCGGUGCCGGUGGUGGUAUCAUAUCUAUGAUUUUGACUUAUCCAUUGAUUACAGUUAGUUCUCGUCUCCAGGUGCAAAAAGACACAAAAGAAAGCGAUGCAUAUAAAGGAGGAUGGGAUGCUGUCGUCAAGAUUUUUAAUAAUGAAGGCAUUAGUGGGUUAUACUCAGGGUUAAAUUCUGCCAUAUUCGGGAUUGCAGUGACAAAUGGAAUUUACUAUUAUUUUUAUGAGACUACAAAGAAAAUGUUUGAAAAAGGCAACCGUCCAAUGUCGGUCGUGGAAUCCAUAAUGGCUGGAACAAUAGCCGGUUCAGCUACAGUCUUGGUCACAAAUCCAAUUUGGGUGGUGAAUACUCGAAUGACGACACGCAAAGUAUCUUUGGAUGAAGAUGAGAGCGAAAAAACAAAACCAAAAAAGUUGGGAACCAUCGCGACGAUCUUGAAAAUUAUCAACGAAGAUGGGUUUAAAUCCUUCUGGCAAGGUAUCAUCCCUGCCCUCAUUUUGGUGAUUAAUCCAAUUAUCCAAUACACCGUAUUUGAACAAAUAAAAUCUCGAAUAGAAAAAAUGAAAAAGUUGGGAAAUUUGGACUUUUUCCUAUUGGGUGCCAUUAGUAAACUUGUCGCUACCGGUUCUACUUAUCCUUACAUCGUUAUUAAAUCACGCAUGCAGUUGCGUCAAUCUUCACAAGAAAGUGCACGUUACAAGAGUACAUGGGAUGGGCUUCAAAAGAUUAUUGCAAAUGAAGGUUAUGGGGGUCUUUACAAGGGGAUCACAUCAAAAUUACUUCAAUCUGUUUUAACGGCUGCAUUUUUGUUUAUGUACAAGGAGGUUUUGUUCAAGUACACCGUUGCAUUUUUGGCAUUACGGAAACGCGUUAUCUGA